UGCAUGAAAAGGAUGCCUGCCGUCGUCAUCAGCUACAGCAUUGAAACGCAACAACAAUGUCUACGAUACACAACUGCCUCGUUGAUCUGCCCAUCCACACAGCCACCGCCCUCGCCUUUUCAUCUUUUGAAACUCAAACAUCUCUCUUUUCAACUAUUGAUCUUCCUCUUCAAUUCUUUUUUCAUCCUCAAAUCUCUUAACUCAAAGGUACUUUUUUGGGUUCUAAUUUUCCUUCACUCCUGCAAUGCGUCGAUCACAGGAGUGGGCAUAUGUUGCCCUUCUUCUCCUCUGCUUCUCCUCGUCCUUGUUACUCCUCGGUGCAGCAGAGCCCGUUACCCACCCCUCCGAAGUGGACGCUUUGCUCGACAUCAAGAAAAGUUUGAUCGAUCCUAAUCAGAAUCUGAGCAACUGGAACAAGGGAGAUCCAUGUAUCUCAAACUGGACUGGUGUUCUGUGCUUCAAUACCACAUUGGAUGAUAGCUAUCUACAUGUUGCUGAAUUGCAACUUCUAAACAUGAGUUUAUCAGGAAAUUUAUCACCUGCACUUGGCCGUUUAUCUUACCUGAAAGUUUUGGACUUUAUGUGGAAUGAGAUAAGUGGUAGAAUACCAGGAGAGAUUGGCAAUCUAACGUCCCUAGAACUGUUGCUUCUGAACGGAAACCAGUUGUCAGGUCCAUUGCCUGAAGAUCUUGGGAAGCUUCUACAUCUAGACAGAAUACAGAUUGACGAGAACCAAAUAUCAGGACCAAUACCUAAGACAUUCGCAAACUUAAAAGCAACAAAGCAUUUCCACAUGAAUAACAAUUCUAUUAGUGGAGAAAUCCCAUCUGAGUUAUCUGGAUUGCCAAAUCUUGUCCACUUCCUUCUUGACAAUAACAACCUAUCAGGGAAUCUUCCACCCGAGUUGUUUAAAUUGCCGAACUUAGAAAUACUCCAACUCGACAACAACAAUUUUAGCCAGUCUAGUAUACCAGAUAGUUAUGGAAAUAUGACUAAAUUGUUGAAAUUGAGUCUAAGGAACUGUAACUUGCAAGGACCUAUUCCUGAUUUGAGCAUGAUAAAAAACCUCGGUUAUCUAGAUCUAAGCUCCAAUCAGCUAAGUGGAUUCAUACCACGGAAUAAACUUUCUGAGAAUAUCACAACCAUAUUUUUAUCUAACAACCAUCUUACUGGCACCAUACCAUCCAAUCUUUCGGGUCUGCCACAUCUUCAGAAAUUGUCAAUUGCAAAUAAUUCAUUGAACGGCUCUGUUCCAUCCACCAUUUGGCAAAGCAGGACGCUAAAUUCUUUGGACAGCCUUACCAUAGAGCUGCAGAACAAUAAAUUUUCAGAUAUUCUGGGAAGCAUUGAUCUCCCUCUGAAUGUCACUGUCUGGCUUCAAGGAAAUCCUGCUUGCUCUAAUAACAGCUUGGGGGAGUUUUGCGGAUCUGAGAGUGAGGAUAUAAUUGACAUUCCAACAAAUAACACUCUAGGCUGUUCUGGGCCAAUAUGCCCACCUUCUUAUGAAUGUUACUCAGCAAAAUGUCCCUCGUUUUGUAUCUGUUCUGCACCUCUGCUUAUUGGAUAUCGGUUGAAAAGUCCCGGAUUUUCACGUUUUAGUCCAUAUCAACAUAUGUUUGAGGAGUAUCUGACCAAUGGUCUUAAGUUACAUCUUGAACAAUUGGACAUUGGUUCUCCUGUGUGGGAAAAGGGACCUCGAUUAAGAAUGAACCUGAAGAUUUUCCCACUAUUUGUUGCUGAUAGUAAUAGUUCUCACAUGUUCAAUGACAGUGAGGUUCGACGAAUCGUUGCCAAAUUUACAAAUUGGAAAAUUCAAGAUAGUGAUAUAUUUGGACCAUAUGAACUUCUAAGCUUGACAAUAUCAGACAUCUAUAAGAAUGUAUUUUUUACACCGUCAUCUAAUUCUAAUAUUAGCAAAGGCGCAUUGGCUGGAAUAAUAUUAGGAGCAAUUGCAGGCGGGGUAACGCUCUCUGCAAUCGUUUUUCUUUUUAUUAUAAGAUCACGUGCAAGGGGCCACCAUAACUCAAGAAGGCGUCACUUCACAAAGGCCUACAUGAAGAUUGAGGGUGUAAAGGAGUUUGGUUUUCAUGAAAUGGCCCUAGCUACAAACAAUUUUCAUGAUUCCAUGGUAGUUGGUCAAGGCGGUUAUGGAAAGGUUUACAAAGGAAUUCUAGCAGAUAACACAACUAUCGCUAUCAAACGUGCACUGGAGGGCUCCCUACAGGGUGAAAAAGAGUUCUUAACUGAAAUACAAUUGUUGUCAAGGUUACACCACCGAAAUCUUGUGGCGUUGAUUGGAUAUUGUGAUGAAGAAGGGGAGCAGAUGUUGGUUUAUGAGUUUAUGUCAAAUGGCACGCUGAGGGAUCACCUUUCUGUAAAUUCUACCGAACCUUUAAGUUUUGCCACAAGAUUAAAAGCUGCCCUGGGUGCUGCUAAGGGAAUCCUAUACCUACAUACGGAAGCUGAUCCUCCAAUAUUCCACCGGGAUAUCAAGUCCAGCAACAUAUUAUUAGACUCCAAAUUUAUGGCAAAGGUUGCUGAUUUUGGACUCUCACGACUUGCACCUCUACCUGAUACCGAAGGUGAUGUGCCUGCUCAUGUAUCGACAGUUGUAAAAGGGACACCGGGUUAUCUUGAUCCAGAGUACUUCUUGACUCAUAAAUUGACAGAUAAGAGUGAUGUUUAUAGUCUUGGUGUUGUGUUAAUGGAGCUUUUGACUGGGAGGCACCCAAUCUCACAUGGCAAGAACAUCGUCAGAGAGGUUAAGGUUGGAUAUCAGUCCGGAAAGAUUUUCUCAAUAAUUGAUGGACGAUUGGGCUCAUAUCCCGUUGAAUGCGUGGAAAGGUUUGUGACAUUGGCUCUUAAGUGUUGCCAAGACGACCCCGAUGCACGCCCUUCAAUGGCAGAAGUUGUUCGAACACUUGAAAGUAUCUGGCUUAUGCUGCCAGAGUCUGAUGCGAAAAUUGGGGAGCCUUUGAUCGCCGAUGUGAUAAAAGUGACUAGUCCUCCGUCUUCAUCAUCCAACAUGAACAAUUUUUACAUAUCAGAAGUCUCUGGCAGCAACCUUGUAAGUGGAGUAAUUCCCACCAUCACACCCAGGUAGAAAACUUGGAAAUCCUACUAUUUUAACAUUGUCUGUAUGUCGCCUACAUCAUUCUUGUACAGUCUCUAUUUACACCCAAUAACAAGCUCAAUCUCAGUUUGUAUAUAGUUUUGCAGACAUGAUCGUUGUAUUUCUCAACAGUCGGCCGAGUACGUCUAGUCUAGAUAGGCCCUUUUUUUCUUUUUUAGAGGAAAACAGUGUGGGGUUGGGGUUAAGUCAUAUGUAUAAUACCUUAAUUAAUUUAGCUAUUCAGUUUGUUUUA